AGGCUUUCGAAUCUUUACUGGGGUCAAAAACAUUUGGGACUAUUUAUUAUAAUGAAGAAGCCGGUGUUCUGAGAACGCCAUUUUGUGUCGUGAUGCGGAGGUGGUAGUAGGUGGUUACAUGUCAAGCUGUUGGACAUUUAAAUAUCCCUACUUUGAGUGUUCAAACCCUUUUUUUUCCAUAUUAAGUUGAACGUCUAGCGUUCAUCAUGACGACUCAAGGUUUACCAAUCCAUUUUCAAGAGCAUUUGCAGCUUACUGCUGUGGGAAUAAAUGCUACAAACAUCACUUUCAAUAACCUAACUAUGGAGUCUGAUAAAUUUAUUUGUGUACGAGAAAAAGUUGGAGAAUCUGCCCAAGUUGUCAUCAUUGAUAUGAGUAAUCCUACUAAUCCCAUUCGUCGUCCCAUAUCUGCAGAUUCUGCUAUAAUGAAUCCUGCAUCAAAAGUAAUUGCUUUAAAAGCUUCAGCCGGAAAUGUGAGAACAUUACAAAUUUUCAACAUUGAAAUGAAAAGUAAAAUGAAAGCUCAUACCAUGAAUGAAGAUGUUGUGUUUUGGAAGUGGAUUAAUGUUAAUACCAUUGCACUGGUGACUGAAUCUGCUGUAUUUCACUGGAGCAUGGAAGGUGAAUCUCAGCCUCAAAAGAUGUUUGACAGACAUACCAGCUUAACUGGCUGCCAAAUAAUAAACUAUCGGUGUGAUCAUAAACUGCAAUGGUUGCUAUUAAUCGGCAUUUCCGCACAGCAAAAUCGAGUCGUUGGAGCUAUGCAACUCUACUCUGUUGAAAGAAAAGUGAGCCAGCCUAUAGAAGGUCAUGCUGCUGCUUUUGCUCAGUUUAAACUGGAAGGCAAUCCUGAACCAUCAACCCUUUUUUGUUUUGCUGUUAGAACAGCUCAAGGAGGCAAAUUGCACAUAAUUGAAGUUGGUCAAGCUCCUGCUGGAAAUCAGCCUUAUCCGAAAAAAGCUGUUGAUGUGUUUUUCCCCGCUGAAGCCCAAAAUGAUUUUCCUGUUGCUAUGCAAAUAAGUUCAAAGCAUGAUGUCAUUUAUCUGAUAACAAAAUACGGCUAUAUUCAUUUGUAUGAUAUUGAGAGUGCUACGUGCAUCUACAUGAACAGAAUUAGCAGCGACACAAUUUUCGUCACGGCACCUCAUGAAGCAACAGCUGGAAUCAUUGGUGUGAACCGAAAAGGACAGGUUCUUUCAGUCAGUGUUGAAGAAGAAAAUUUCAUUCCUUACAUAAAUAAUGUGUUGCAAAAUCCCGAUCUUGCCUUGAGGAUGGCUGUAAGAAAUAAUUUAUCUGGAGCUGAGGAUUUGUUUGUUAGGAAAUUCAAUACUCUGUUUACAAAUGGACAGUAUGCUGAGGCAGCUAAAGUUGCAGCAAAUGCCCCAAAGGGAAUUUUAAGGACACCACAAACAAUACAGAGAUUUCAACAAGUUCCUACGCAAGCUGGUCAAACAGCUCCUUUGUUACAGUAUUUUGGUAUUCUCUUGGAUCAAGGUCAAUUGAAUAAAUUUGAAUCCUUAGAGUUGUGUCGUCCUGUUUUACAACAAGGUAGAAAACAACUUUUAGAGAAAUGGCUGAAAGAUGAUAAGUUGGAAUGCAGUGAAGAACUUGGUGAUUUAGUAAAGCAAGUAGAUCCAACGUUAGCUUUAUCAGUGUACCUUCGUGCAAAUGUGCCAAAUAAGGUUAUUCAGUGUUUUGCAGAAACUGGACAAUUUCAAAAAAUUGUUCUAUACGCUAAAAAAGUUGGAUUUACUCCAGAUUAUGUUGGUUUACUGAGGCAAGUUAUGAGAAUAAAUCCAGACCAGGGAGCAUCAUUUUCACAAAUGUUAGUACAAGAUGAUGAACCACUUGCUGAUAUUAACCAAAUUGUUGAUAUCUUUAUGGAGCAAAAUCUAGUUCAACAGUGCACUGCAUUCUUAUUAGAUGCGUUAAAGAAUAACAGACCGUCAGAAGGAAAUUUACAAACUCGACUCUUAGAGAUGAAUCUUGUAACUGCUCCCCAGGUUGCUGAUGCAAUAUUGGGAAAUCAAAUGUUCACGCACUAUGAUCGGGCACAUGUUGCUCAACUAUGCGAAAAAGCUGGGCUAUUGCAAAGGGCACUAGAGCAUUAUACUGAUCUAUAUGACAUCAAAAGAGCUAUUGUUCACACCCAUUUAUUAAAUUCAGAGUGGCUAGUAAAUUAUUUUGGUUCACUGUCUGUAGAAGAUUCAAUUGAAUGCCUGAAAGCUAUGCUUAGCCAUAACAUUCGUCAGAACCUGCAAAUAUGUGUUCAAGUCGCAACAAAAUAUCAUGAGCAACUUACAACAACUGCCUUAAUAGACUUGUUUGAAUCUUUUAAAAGUUAUGAAGGCCUUUUUUAUUUUCUUGGUUCCAUUGUAAACUUUAGUCAAGAUCCUGAAGUUCAUUUUAAAUACAUACAGUCUGCAUGCAAAACUGGUCAAAUUAAAGAAGUUGAGCGUAUCUGCAGAGAAAGCAAUUGUUACAACCCUGAAAGAGUCAAAAAUUUCCUCAAAGAAGCAAAGCUGACGGAUCAGCUUCCAUUGAUAAUUGUGUGUGACAGAUUCGACUUUGUACACGAUCUAGUACUGUAUUUGUAUAGAAAUAAUUUGCAGAAGUACAUUGAAAUUUAUGUUCAGAAGGUGAAUCCAUCAAGAUUGCCUGUUGUGAUUGGAGGUUUGUUAGAUGUUGACUGUUCAGAAGAUGUAAUAAAAUCUUUGAUUAUGGUCGUACGUGGUCAGUUUUCAACUGAUGAGCUUGUUGAGGAAGUGGAAAAAAGAAACAGAUUGAAGUUGCUAUUGCCAUGGUUAGAGACGAGGGUUCAUGAAGGUUGUAUUGAACCUGCCACUCAUAAUGCUCUUGCUAAAAUUUAUAUAGACUCCAAUAAUAAUCCUGAGAGAUUCUUAAAGGAGAAUCAGUACUAUGAUAGCAGGGUCGUUGGAAAAUACUGUGAAAAAAGGGAUCCUCAUCUUGCAUGCAUAGCCUAUGAACGUGGACAGUGUGACAGAGAACUUAUUAAAGUGUGCAAUGAAAACUCUCUCUUUAAGAGUGAAGCUCGUUACCUCGUGAAAAGAAGAGAUCAAGAAUUGUGGACUGAAGUUCUGAAUGAAAACAAUCAAUAUCGAAGACCACUCAUAGAUCAAGUAGUUCAAACUGCUUUAUCUGAGACUCAGGAUCCAGAAGAUAUCUCGGUCACAGUGAAAGCUUUCAUGACUGCUGAUUUGCCAAAUGAACUAAUAGAAUUACUUGAAAAAAUUGUGCUAGAAAAUUCUGUCUUUAGUGAUCACAGAAAUCUUCAAAACUUGCUAAUUCUAACAGCGAUUAAGGCAGACCGAACCAGAGUAAUGGAAUAUAUCAAUAGAUUAGAUAAUUAUGAUGCACCUGAUAUUGCCAAUAUUGCCAUUGGUAGUGAACUAUAUGAAGAAGCGUUUGCUAUUUUCAAAAAAUUUGAUGUUAACACUUCUGCUAUUCAAGUGCUAAUUGAACACAUACAAAACUUGGACAGAGCUUAUGAAUUUGCGGAGCGAUGCAAUGAGCCUGCUGUUUGGAGUUUGCUGGCUCAAGCUCAGUUGCAGCAGGGCAUGGUAAAAGAGGCCAUCGAUUCAUACAUUAAAGCUGGUGAUCCAUCCGCGUAUAUGGAUGUUGUGCAAACUUCCCAUAAAACAGAAAGCUGGGAAGAUCUAGUACGGUAUCUUCAAAUGGCACGAAAAAAAGCUCGUGAAUCUUAUGUUGAAUCAGAGUUAAUUUAUGCUUAUGCAAAAACAAACCGCUUGGCAGAUUUGGAAGAAUUUAUCUCAGGACCUAAUCAUGCUGAUAUACAAAAGAUUGGUGAUCGCUGUUUUGAUGAUGGUCUUUAUGAGCCUGCUAAGCUAUUGUACAACAAUGUGUCUAACUUUGCACGUUUGGCUAUAACUUUGGUUCAUCUAAAAGAAUUUCAAGGAGCUGUGGAUAGUGCUAGAAAAGCCAACUCUACGCGCACCUGGAAAGAAGUUUGUUUUGCUUGUGUUGAUAAUGAAGAAUUCAGAUUAGCCCAAAUGUGUGGUCUUCAUAUUGUUGUACAUGCUGAUGAGCUUGAAGACUUAAUAAAUUAUUACCAAGAUAGAGGAUACUUUGAAGAGCUGAUUAGUCUUUUGGAAGCAGCCCUUGGUUUGGAAAGAGCACAUAUGGGAAUGUUUACAGAAUUAGGUAUUUUGUAUUCCAAAUAUAAACCUUCUAAAAUGAAAGAGCAUUUAGAACUAUUCUGGUCCCGUGUUAACAUUCCAAAGGUUUUGAGAGCUGCUGAGCAAGCUCAUUUGUGGGCGGAGUUAGUGUUUCUGUAUGAUAAGUAUGAAGAAUAUGAUAAUGCUGUGGUAACAAUGAUGCAUCAUCCAACAGAGGCCUGGAGGGAAGGCCACUUCAAAGAAAUCAUCACUAAAGUUGCUAAUAUAGAGCUGUAUUAUAAAGCUAUCCAAUUCUAUGUGGACUUUAAGCCAAUGCUUCUCAAUGACCUUCUGCUAGUUCUUUCUCCACGCAUGGAUCAUACAAGAGCUGUGAACUACUUCACUAAGGUAAAUCAUCUGCCACUUGUAAAACCAUACUUAAGGUCAGUUCAAAGUCUUAAUAAUAAAGCUAUCAAUGAAGCUUUGAAUGGUUUGCUGAUUGAAGAAGAGGAUUUCCAGGGUCUUCGAACAUCCAUAGAUGCAUUUGACAAUUUCGACAAUAUUGCUCUGGCUCAACGGCUUGAGAAACAUGAAUUGAUAGAAUUUCGGCGCAUUGCUGCUUACUUGUAUAAAGGGAACAAUAGAUGGAAACAGUCUGUUGAGUUAUGCAAAAAAGACAGAUUAUUUAAGGAUGCCAUGGAGUAUGCAGCAGAAUCCAAAAUGGCAGAAGUGGCUGAAGAGUUAUUGUCAUGGUUUUUAGAUGAAAAGAAUUUUGAAUGUUUUGCUGCAUGUUUGUUUCAGUGCUAUGAUUUGUUACAUCCAGAUGUUAUUCUAGAGCUAUCGUGGCGGCAUAAUAUUGUAGACUUUGCAAUGCCAUAUCUAAUUCAAGUCAUGAGGGAAUAUAUUACAAAGGUGGAUAAGUUAGAAGAGUUGGAAACGCAGAGACUCGAGGAAUCGGCUCAAAAUGAGGGAAAACCAAUAGUUUAUGCCCCAGAACCCCAACUCAUGCUUACUGCUGGGCCAGGUAUGAUUGGUGGUGGUUACCAAGCAUAUGCACCUCCGAUGCCUGGGUAUCAAGGUUAUGGUAUGUAGAAGUCAAAAGGUAGCAUCUUCUGUUAAUUAGUGGAGUCAAGCAAAACCUGCAGGUACAGGGCCAGCACUGGAAGACAUAGAACUAUUUAAAUGUUUACAACCUGUUAAAUGUUUAUGAUCAGAAAGAGGGUGAAAUAGAAUAUAUGGACUUGAACUGUAAUCUUACAUUUUUUCAUCUUGUCAAUAGUUCAUGUUUUUUUAUUGUUUUUCUCCCUUGUCAUCACUCUAGUAAUUGUUGAAUUUUAAGUUUACUUCCUCUUUGACGUUUGGAGCACUUAAAUUUUAUGCAUUCAACUUAAGAUUUAUUCUUACUUUUUCUUAUCAGAUGGUGAUGGGAUAUUUCGAGUCUUUUACUCUGUUAAACUAAUUUCCAAUUAUAUUUUGAUAUUUAACAUUACCAAAGGAAAAUUUAAUAAGUAUGAAGUAAUUCUGUUUGUGAAUGUAGUAUUUAAGUUGAAGUUAUUUCAUCUUGUUGGACUAUAUUUGUUAUAUACUUUGUUGAAUCUGUUCUUUAUAAAUUUUUUUAUAAAUUAGGUAUUUAUAUUUUCAUCAAAUUAUUCACAAAAUAUGUCUAAUGUUUGAAUUUUUUAAUACAAAGCUUUGUCAUCGUAUUAAAAAAUAUAACUGAAAAGGCUCGCCACAAAGUAGAUGAAGUGUAAUGUAUUCUAAGAGAUGUAUCUUCUGAAUAUUGCCUUUCAAUGUGAGCAAUUGGAGAGCAGACUACAAAUACUGAAGUGUGUGGUGUACAUUUCGUACAGCUAAGAAUCUUCCUGAAUUUUCUGUAGCUUGAUCUAGACUAAAUUUCGAAUAUGCAGUGUUGUAUUUAUCAAGUUAAAUGCAUUCCGUCUGUGUUCAAUGAAGGAAAAUAAAGGGGGAGAACUAUUUUAAAUUUUAACCAUAGCAAUUGGGCUCUUAAACAAAAGGUUUUAUUUGAAUAAAAAAAUUUUAGAAACUAUGCAAAACAAGUAAAUUUUAUAUUUCUAUGGUAAACGUUUAAAAAAGAGCCUUGUGCUUAUUAUAUUACAAGCAGUUAGUCAACAUUGGCUUUUCAAAAGCUAUACUAAAAUGUAAAAAUUAGUAAUUGUGUGCAGUUUUCUUUAAUAUUUACAGAAUGCAUUUGUGUAUAUAAUUUACUAUACAGUUGUAAAAUUAUAUGAAUAAACAUAAGAAUAUAUAAA